UACUUUGGUACUAGUUGUCUAGUCUGUAAGUUAGUGUUGACUUCAUUCGGGAUCGAAGACUUGUUAUCAUCAAAUCCCAUGGUCUCAACAAACAUUCAAUCAUUAAUCUGCAACUAUGCAGUACAUAUGCAAGCUCUUGUGUGCUUUCUUAAUGUUUAUGCUUCCAUCAUGUCAUGGUAGAGACGCAAUCACCACCGGAAGCAGUUUAUUAACUGAGGGUGACGCACUUGUUUCGGCUGGGAAAAGAUUUGAGCUUGGUUUCUUUCUAGAUGAAGAACAUUCAAACUGCUAUGUAGGCAUUUGGUAUUACAAGUUGAACCCCCAAACAAUUGUCUGGGUUGCCAACAGGGAGUCUCCAAUUCAGGACCCAGAAGGGGCUGUCGUCGCCAUUAAAGAAGAUGGAAAUCUUUAUGUUCUGAAUGCUACUGGCGCUACAUGUUUCUCCACACAACUUGAUCCUACGCCCUCUAAGUCACACAGGACUGCAAGGACAGCAAGGCUUUUGGAUUCUGGGAAUUUAGUUCUGAUUGAUAAUCUUUCGGGAAAGACUUUAUGGCAAAGUUUCGGCCAUCCAGCCGAUACUUUUCUUCCUGGGAUGAAAAUGGAUGAGAGUUUAACACUGACUUCCUGGGCAAGUUCUGGCUACAACCCCACGCCUGGAAAUUACACCUUCAUCCAAGAUCCAGGAGACAAGGAACAGUACAUCAUCUAUCACAGAUCUGUAACAUACUGGAAAAGUGGAGUAGGAGACCAAUUAACCAGUUUAAAUACUUUGCCCCCUGCUGUAUCCUCCUUGCUAUCCAAUUUUAAAACAAAUGACUCAAGUCAGCCUCCAUACCCAAAUCCAAGGCUAUUGAUGAAUUCCAAUGGGAAAAUACAAUUCUAUAUCUGGGAUAGCAAUAAAACCAGUUGGUCUUUGCAAUGGUCAGAGCCACGCAAUAAUUGCAGUUCGUAUAACAGAUGUGGGAAGUUUGGUAGCUGUAACAACAACAAUGAUGUACCCUGCAAGUGUUUGCCGGGGUUUGAACCUACUAAUCCCGAUGAUUGGGGAGCUAACGUAUUUUCCGGUGGCUGUUCUAGGAAGUCAGCUAUUAGCUGCAACCAGAAUGGCAAGAGAGACACAUUCUUGAACCUCACUUCAGUGGUAAUCGGGAAUCCAGACUUGGCUUUUUCAAAUGCUGAGACUGAAGAAGACUGCAAACAGGAGUGCCUUAACAAUUGCCAGUGCCAGGCUUAUUCCUAUAGUGCAUUGGAUCCUACUCGAAGACAAAGAGGGACUGGUGACCUUAGACAAGAAUGCAGAAUUUGGACAUCUGAUGUCAUUGCUCUCCAACAGGAUAUCACAAAUGAUCUUAACAUUUCCAUCCGCAUUGCAAUCUCAGACAUGGGUAACAAUGAUAAACCUCCAGCAGAGCCAACUUGUAGCACUUCUAUUGACUGUGAGGAUUUGCCCAACUCAAUUUGUAAUGCUACAAAACAAGGGCUGGGAAGGUGCCUAUGCAAAUCCGGUUUCAAAUGGGAUGCCUUAAGCUUAAAUUGUACCUCAGUAAUGACAGAACUGGGGUCAUCAAACAAAAGGACAAAAUCUUCUGUGAAGUUCAGAUCAGUGAUUAUUUCUAUCUCAGUGUUUCUAGCGGUUGUAAUGUUGUGCAGCAUUGGCUACAUAAUUUAUAGAAGAAAUUUGGUUCGUAAAAGAAAGGACAAAAGAAUUGUAGGAAACCAACUUAAUAACUUGGCAAACAUUGGAGACCAAGAGGAUGAGUUAACUGAGGAUGAUAAGAAAGCCAUUGACAUUCCAUUUUUUAGCCUGGAAAUCAUAUUGGCAGCAACAGAUAAUUUCUCAGAUGCAAACAAGCUUGGACAAGGGGGAUUUGGCCCGGUUUAUAAGGGUAUUUUUCCUGGAGGGCAAGAAAUUGCAGUGAAAAGGUUAUUAAGCCAGGGAGGGCAAGGUGUGAAUGAAUUCAAGAACGAGAUUGUGUUGAUUGCCAAGCUUCAACAUCGCAAUCUAGUGAAACUUGUAGGCUAUUGUGUCACAACAAAUGAAAAGAUUUUGUUGUAUGAAUACAUGCCAAACAGAAGCUUAGAUGCCAUCAUAUUUGAUUCCACACUGGCUGAUAUGCUGGAUUGGAAAAUGAGGUUCGACAUCAUAUUGGGCAUUGCUAGAGGUCUUCUUUAUCUCCACCAGGACUCGAGGUUGAGGAUCAUUCAUAGGGAUCUUAAAGCUAGCAACAUUUUAUUAGAUCAAGAGAUGAACCCUAAGAUUUCAGAUUUCGGGCUGGCAAGAAUCGUUGAAGGAAAAAGUAUAGAAGCCAAUACAAACAAAGUUGUUGGAACUCUGGGAUAUAUGCCUCCGGAAUAUGCACUGGAGGGGCUCUUCUCAAUCAAAUCUGAUGUUUUUAGUUUCGGUGUGGUUGUACUUGAGAUCAUUAGUGGAAGGAAAAACACAUCAUUUUUCCAAUCUCAAGAAUCCUUGAACCUCUUAGGCCAUGCAUGGAAGUUUUGGAUGGAAGAGAAAGCAGUGGAUAUGAUGGAUCCGGUUCUGGUCUCUUCUUGCAACCAAAGUGAAGUGUUGAGGUGCAUAAAUGUGGGGCUAUUAUGCGUGCAAGAAGAUCCAAACGACCGGCCAACAAUGUCGAAUGUUGUUAUAAUGCUAGCGACUGAAAACAUGAGUGUUCCACCGCCGAAGCAGCCAGCUUUUGUAGCAAGGCGGCGUAUUUCUGAAACGCCAUCUUCUUCUUCGUCCAAGAUCACCGCCGAAUCCCACAAUGAGUUGACUAUUUCAAUGGUGGGUCGAUAGUUAACCAAUCAAUACUCUUUUGAUAUGAUUAUCUCAAACCAACCAAUUUAAAAUCAGUAAAGAUGUAUGAGAUUUUAAUGUUGGUUGAAAGAGCAUUAUUUAACCGAGUGACAACAAUAAAAUGGCAAUUUAUUA